AUGCCGGCAAUUGUUUAUCUCGACGCCCCGCUGAAGUUCAACGACGACGAUGAUGAAGACGACGGCGGCGGCGACAGCGCCACCGCAGGCCAAACGACACCGAGCGACGCGGUUUGGCACUCGCGUUUCCCGCUGCUCGCGGUCGCGUACGCGAAAGGCGCCGGAGGUCUUGUGCGAGUCGUCGAGUAUUCGCUCGAGCACGAUAGCACUCGCUCUCUGGACGACUACGAAAGCGACUCGGCUCAACCGCACCGUCUCUCGUGGCAUCCCUUCGAGCGUUGCCUAGUGGCCGGCUGGGAAAAUGGAGAAGUUACUAUAUGGACGCCGAUGGGAGGAACAAUGCUCCAAGCCGUGCAACACAAGCAAGCUGUUUCCAUUAUUGAGUGGAGUACGGCACCGCCCCUCAGACUGAUCACAGCUGACGUUGCCGGUUCCUGCCUCGGCUGGCAGGUGGAGGACAACAGCGGCGAGCAGGUGUUCUAUCAUGAAAUUCGGGAGACUCUCGUCGACCUGGUGUUCAGGCCGCGUGCCAGGGACUUUUUCGUCGCUUCGGAGUCGAACGUUAUCUACAACGUCGCCGAGACGGGUGCCUGUCAGGAUCUGCUCCGAGUAGACGGCGCUCUGAUCCGUCUUCUAUUCAACGAUGACAAUAAUACGCUCGUGACCGUCACGGACAAUCUCGUCGUGUCUCAGUUCCGCGUAAACGACGAGGCCUCUCUCGAGCAGAUCAGCCGAAUCAAGUUGGCCGGUUCCGGCUACCGGGCACAAAUAGAAUGGCUUUCAAUGGGGAUCCUGGUCGUGUCUGCGGGAGAUACGGCCCUGAGGGUUGUCAACUUGAAAACGAACGACAAUGCGACGCUCAAAAUAAAUUCGGACAACGCCACCGAGCUGUUCGUGUCUCUCGCUGUCGACAGUGGCGGGAAGCGUGUUUGCGCUGGAACCACGAGCGGCCGCAUUUUCAUUUGGACCGAUCCCUCGACUUCCGACGACGCCGAGGAGAGGAAUUCGAAUCCGUACGAGAUCGGAGUCGCGGGAAAUCUCCGGACCCUGAGCGUGUGCAACGCGUUGGGUCUGCUGAGUGCCGUGGCGCGAAACGUCACCGUAUUCCGUGCUCACGAGGCGUGCAUGGCGUACUCCUCGCAGCUGCUCGUGGUGCAAUCGAGCGCGCGGCAGGCCUAUAUCGACGUCAUUCACAUGUCGAGCAGCAUAAAGCUGGACACCGAGGUAGCGAUGAGGGCGCUUUUCGCUGGACGGGAUGUCGUCGCCGUUUCGAACAGGAAACGUCUUCUGUUCUACGAACUGCAGCACGCCACGAAAAACGUCAAGUUCGUGGGCGCCAUGAAUACGAGCUCGACGCUAGUCUCGAUCCACGACCAGAACGCGUUCGUCAUCGAGGACGGCCAGAUUGAGGUGAGGUCGUUCCAGGGCGUCCUGAGGCAAACAAUCGUCGCCCAGCAGGACCAAGGCGAAAUCGUCUCGAUUCAUGUGGCGGGCUUCUUCAUGGGCGUGGGGAGCAGCAAGGGCUUCAUCCGUCUGUGGGACGUGGGCGGAAGGAAAGAAAUCACUUCGCACGCCGGACCCAAGUCGCUACUCAUUCCCGAACGAUCCAAGCUGCACAGUGUGCGAUGCAACUCGAACGGCACCAAAGUGAGCGCUAUAGUCAGCGCCGCGGGGAGCAAUCGCAUGCUUCCGUUAUUGUACGUGUGGGAUAUCGAGGAAGACGACGUUUCCUGUUUGGACUUUUCCAAGACCACGAAACCCGGCGAUCGGAACCAAAUUUACAAGGAUAUGAGCGGAACCUUCCCUACAAACCACAUCUGGGACACCGAGGAUCCCCGACUGCUGCUUGUCGAGUGCCAUCCGUGUGAAGACGACGGUCGGGCGGCGAUGGCCAUGGUUUUCGCCACGGCCGAGUUCGGACUCGUGGUUCAGGAUGCGAGCGAUUUCUCUCAUGAGAAGUUCACGAUGAUAGGCGUGCAGGUUCCGUAUAUCUUCAUGGCCGGCCUCGGCGUCCAGGAGACGCUCGGCCUCCCCGAGAAAAUGACGUACUCAAGGAACGUCUUCCGUCAGAGUAUGCGCGAUUUCGUCGGAGUCGAGUCGUGUGACCGAGAAACUCGAGACGCCAUUCUGAAGCUGAGCUUUUAUCUCACGGUGGGAAAUAUGGACGAGGCUUUCGCCGCGAUCAGAAGCAUCAAAAACGAAUCAGUCUGGGAGAAUAUGGCUCGAAUGUGCGUCAAGAACAGAAGACUGGACGUGGCACCCGUGUGCUUGGGGAAAAUGAAGCGGAUUUCCGCCGCGAUGGCCCUGCGUCAGGUCCAGGAGAAAUACCCCGACAACGUUGAUCUCCAGGUUGCGACCUUGGCCAUCCACCUCGGAAUGAUAGAAGAGGCCAAAGACCUGCUCGAAGUCAGCGGAGAUCAUCGGAUGCUCGUCAAACUGUUGUGCGACUCCAACAGGUGGGACCAGGCGCUCGAGUUGGCCGAGAAGAAAAGCCGCAUCAACCUCAAAAAUACCUAUUUCAGGUACGCCAAACAUCUCGAAGAGCUCGGCAAAAUACAGGAAGCCAUCACUUACUACGAGAAAUCCAAUACGCACCUGCAGCAGGUUCCAAGAAUGCUCGUCGAACGAGACAUUCAUGGACUGGAGACUUACAUCGUCAAAAGCCGCGAGCCACAAUUCUAUAAAUGGUGGGCGCAGUAUCUCGAAAGUCAGGGCGACACGGAGGAAGCCUUGCGUUAUUACGAAAUGGCAAAAGAUUUCGUCAGUCUGGUUCGGAUAAACUGUUUUUUCAACAACGUGGACACCGCCAUGGAAAUCGCAAACGACGUCGGCGACCGUGCCGCGUGUUUCCAUCUCGCCAGGCACCUGGAAUCUAUCGAUAGACCCUCGGACGCCGUACACUUCUUCUCAAAGGCCGGGGCGAUUUCGAAUGCGUUGCGCGUAUGCAAAGACAACAGCAUGGAUGACCAGCUCUUCUAUCUGGCGAUACAAAGUCGGAACAACCAGGAUAUGUUGGAUGUCGCAGCCUACUUCGAGCAAGGUGGAGAGACCCAGCGCGCGGUGACCCUUUAUCAGAAAGCCGGAUGGCUGGAGAGGGCUCGAGAGCUCUCCGGCGACGCCGUGAAUCUCGGAGACGAAAUUAUUGGCGAAGUCGCCCAGGAAAUCUCCCCGAACAGCGAUGCGGCUGAGGUACAGGCGGCCACCAAACGUCUCAUAGACAUGGGCUUAACGGAACAAGCCGUGGAGAUCCUUGCUCUAAAUGGACAAGCGUACGCCGCCCUUGAUCUCUGCGAGCAGUACGACGUAGACCUGACGGAACCGCUCGCCGACAAGAUGCUCCGGGGAGUCUACGGAGUUCCUCGAACGCAGCUGCUGAACAGAAUUGCGGAGUUCUGCAUCAAACAAAAGAGUUUCUUCCUGGCUGCGAAAAAGUAUACCGAAGCCGGCGAUAACCCCAGCGCGAUGAAAGCUUUGAUCCAGAGCGACGAUACCGAUAAGGUGAUUCUGUUCGCCCAGGCCAUAGACGAUCCUGAAAUCUACGUGCAGGCGGCCAGUUAUCUCCAGACGCUGAACUGGCGCUCACAACCUGCAAUAAUGCGCCACAUAAUCGAGUACUACACGGCAGCCAACGAUAUGGAACUGCUCGGCAAUUUCUACGAGAGCUGCGCGCUGUCCGAGAUUGCAGAGUACCACAACUACGAGACUGCGUUGAGUGCUCUCAACGAGGCUUACAAGGUUCUCAAGGAAGCUCCGAUCGGAACAGCGCUCGGAACGAAAAUCGAAGCGCUGAGAGCUAAGAUAAAAGAUAUCCAGCAGUUCCUGAAAUUGAAGAAACUCUACACCGACGGCGAAGUGCGCGAAGCGCUCGACAAGGUUCAACAGAUGUUGCAGUCUCCGAGCAAUAAUUCUGUUGUUCGCAAAGGAGACCUCUACGCUUUCAUCGUAGAGCACUACGCGGAGAACGGGCAAAUGAGGACGGCGCUGCGGAAAUUGGAAGAGAUGGAAGCCGACUGCAACGAGGGCGCCAACAGUUUCCUUUCGGAGGACGUUCUGAAUAAAAUAUUCGACUCGACUAGCGGUGGUUUCUCGAAAACAACGCCGAACCGCUCGUCGAAAGGAGACGCUGCAGGUGCUGCAACAUCCCGGAAAGGAUCCCUGUCAGAAAUGGGCCAAUCUGGUGAUGCCGAGACCGGCGAACAAACGAAGGAAAUCUGGACGGCAGCUCAAUGA